UUCCCGGACCGCUCGGACCAUCGUUGCUCCAACACUGACUUCCUCUUUUUGAGAAGGAAAACCGCGAUUAUUUAAAUCUUUUAUUGUUAGUCAGGUUUGGAAAAUGGAACAAUGGAGUUAUUAAUCGCAACGAGAAUCUUGCAAUUAUUUGAUCUAAGAGAUUGUAUGCUUUUUAUCCAUCAAUUGUAAUUUUUCCAGCGUUAUUCAAUACAUUGCAUUUAAGUUUGAAGACUUGUUAUUAUAACAUUACAAAAUAAUGUAAUUUAUUAUAUAUGCAAAUCGUAUUACGCUUUGAGGUUAUGUCAGUGCGGCACUUCAUGUCUGACCAGUCUGACACGUCAACUUUUUAGUAACGCAAAUCGAUAUGCUAAAUGGUCGUUAAGCAGGACAAAAAAUACAUCAACCGGAGAUUGUUCUUAGUUACGCACGUGUCUUGCAAUACUAUUUGUCAUUCCCUCUUUAGGAUUUGUAAAUUACAGUGUUAAAAGUCGACCAAAACAAAUUCGUUCUGACACGGCUAUCGUAAAGCUAUUGCAAUAAUAUAAAAAUAAGUGUAUUUUUAUUUUGCAACAUCAGUGCAUCUUGUUCGACGAUUUUUUAUCGUGCGAAGAGACAUUAAGAAAUAAUUUUGUCGGUUGUUGCAGGCGCUAUAUCAAAUUUGUACCAAUGUCUAUGAUGUCCUCGAUGUCCUCGUCACCGUCUAUGGACGAACGCAUGUUGAAAGGAGCACGGAAAGUGGUACCAAGUUUAAUCAACACCAAGCAUAAAGGACAAGAUGGUAGAAUCGGGAUUUUUGGCGGCAGUACCGAGUACACAGGAGCACCAUAUUUCGCAGCUAUGAGCGCACUGAGAACCGGCGCCGAUCUCGUUCAUGUAUUUUGCACCAAGGACGCUAGCGUUCCUAUCAAGUCGUUCAGUCCGGAGCCAAUAGUUCAUCCAGUCCUGGACCAGCAGGACGCGAUAAAACAGAUAAAACCUUGGCUCGAUCGUCUACAUGUUAUCCUGAUCGGUCCUGGACUUGGCAGAGACGAAAAGAUAUUCAAAACGAUCGUUGAAUUGAUAACGAUCUGCCGAGAGGCGAGGAAACCGUUAGUUAUCGAUGCGGACGGUUUGUUCCUGGUCUGUCAGAAACCGGAGAUCGUGAAGGAUUAUCCUGGAGUUGUUCUGACACCUAACGCGAUGGAGUUCAGUCGUUUGCUCAAAGCAGUGCUGGACAGAACCGUCCCGCCUGCUCCUAUAGUCAAAGCAUCCGACGUGAAACACGUAGCGGAAGCUCUUGGGAAGAACGUGAUAAUUUUGUAUAAGGGAGCAAAGGAUGUGAUUGUGGACGGUCACAAGGGUACCGAGACUGUAUCAUGCGGAUUGGCUGGUUCUGGAAGGCGGUGUGGUGGGCAGGGAGAUCUCUUAUCUGGUGCUCUAGCAGUAUUCUGGUGGUGGGCUAUCUCGACGGGAAGCAGUGAAUGCGCCUUGUCGCCUUCGAUAGUAGCGUGUUACGCCGCAUCGAGAUUAAUCCGCGAAUGCAAUGCGUCAGCUUUUAAAAUAAAACAAAGGGGAAUGUUGGCCUCAGACAUGCUGGAACAGAUACAGCCGAUUUUCAACAGAAUUUUUGAAACUCAUUGCGACAAGUAACACAUAAAUAUAUCAUAAUCCUUGCUAUUAAUCAUGUUGUUCCUAUGUAGUUUUGUUCUCUGUCUCAUAAAACGUUAUUACAUAUUAACUUUAAGUAAAAGAAAAUACAGAUAUGCAGUAUGAAUGAGUAUAUUGCCAUUUCAUAUAUUAUAUUGUGAAUUUUAGAACUUCCUCAUUUAUUGGAAGAGGUCGAACUCGAAGCACUGAUUCCUGAAACGUUCAUAUUUUAUAUUCAAUUUACAAAAUUUUUUGAUUGAUAUAUUAUACAAAUUGAAAUAAACGCAUAGAAAAUUAGUUUUAGACAAAUGUAUUCAAGAAAAUAUAUACUAAUAUAUAAAUGUACUGGUUUUGUAAUUUACAUAUAAUUUUUAUGCGGUUUUGUUAAUUUGGAAAUUUAUAUAAAUAAAUAUUUUGUAUACAA